AUGAGCAAAAUAGCUAUCGGUGAUGAGACUAAUGGUUGCCUAAGUAUACAGUUGGUGAAAAUAUGCACAAAAUUUACAAAUUCGAUAUAUUCAUACGCUCUAGUCAAUCGAAAUUUAGGUCGAGGAACUUAUGGUUUUAUGGAUAUUUCUUCAUAUUUUAUUGUUCAAAAUUCAUAUCAAUUUAUUGAGAAGCUUAACAUUACCCUAAGUGGAACUGAUCGUUUGAACAUUCAAGAAUUCGUGCUGACUUUAUCAACGUUAGCACCUUCCAUUGAAUUUUCUGAUUAUAACGGCAAUCUACCGGCUAUUAUUACAUCACAACAACUUUCAUCUUUUACCCUUAUAGAAAUACAGAUGAACGCUCAAAUAUUGAAUGCCAUUAAGCAAUGUUUUUGA